UGCUCACUUCAUCUCAUCACUUUACAAUCUAAAAAUCAUCUUCCCAAAAUUUCCUCUACCACUAUGACUUUCAAUAUCAGAAAACCCCUGAUCAAAUCAGAAAAUCGACGGGUGGCAAAUAUCAUUACCUUAAUCACAGCAUGUUGCGCCAAUUGCUUGGAUAUCUUAAGUUUGUCUGCUGUCAACGUUGCUGUACCAGCGAUUGCCGUGGACUUGGAUCUUGACACUUCUACACUUCCAUGGUUGAUUGCUUCCUACUCUAUUGCCUUCGCCGCGUUUUUAUUACCCGCUGGAAAAUUAGGUGAUCUCUAUGGCUAUCGCCUAGUCUACCUGGCCGGUAUGCUGAUCUAUGUAGCAGCUUCCAUUGUGAACGCUGUUUCUCCCAAUGAAUAUGUUCUUUUCGUAUUCCGAGCUAUACAAGGUCUCGGUGCAGCUUGUACUGUGCCAAACGGCAUCGCAUUGAUCGCAAACAGUUAUGAAGAUGAAAAUGCACGACGAAUUGCUCUUUCGGCAUUCGGUGGUUCCGGACCUAUAGGCUUUGUCGUCGGUCUUAUUGUUGGCGGUGUUCUGACCUUCACCAUCGGAUGGAGAUGGAUCUUCUAUAUUUCAGCUAUCUGCUCGUUCGCGAUGUUCUUCCUCGCCUUCCUCUAUGUUCCUGACUUCCGACACGAAGGAUCGGCCGAGAAUGUUGAUAUGCUUGGAUUUUUCCUUGUAACGAGCGGAUUCAUUCUUAUCAUAUAUGCGCUUUCCGAUGGACAAUGGCAUCUUGCUCGUGAUCCUGUAACUCUCGUGAUUGGUGUACUUCUCAUUGCAGCCUUUAUGGCGUGGCAGUUCAAGGCAACCUAUCCUCUUCUACGACCUAGCUGGUGGCGCCGUCCAAACUUUGCUGGCGCAUUUUGGAUUGGCUUUUUUAACUACGCAUCAUUCAUGGGCUAUAUCUAUGUAACCACACUCCUAUUUCAAGAUGCUUUUGGCUAUACUGCACUUGAAACGGCUCUCUACUACCUACCGAUGGGAAUUGUUGCAUUUUUCAGUGCGAAUUUGGUUGGCUUCAUAACUCCUUACACCGGCUAUCGCAGCAUCUUGAUCUUCGGUGCUGUUUUGGCACUUGCUGGCAAUAUUGGAUCGCUUUACUACUCUGUUGAAUUGGGAUUCUGGAAGCUCAUAUUUCCGAUGCAUGUUAUAAUGGGUUUAGGACAGCCAAUGCCUUAUGUUGGAGGUCAGAACGCUAUUGUUGCGACUGCGCCACCCAGUGAGACUGGAACUCUUGGAGCUGUCUACAAUACUGCUAGUCAGCUUGGAGCUGCAUUUGGAAUGGCCAUUUUAACAGCCGUUAUCAAUGGUGUAAACCCAAGUGGCGCCACGGGUGCUGACAGCAUUCCAGGAUACCAUGCUGCAUACUAUGCCAAUAUUGCAUUUCUCUGUAUGGCAACGCUCAUUGGCAUUUUCUUCAUUAAGGGUAAUGUAGAUGCUGCCAACGACUCAGAGGAGUAUAUCGAUGGUGAUAAUAAGUCUAACAAGACCUUGCAAGAUUUGGAGAAGGGCGAAGUCGAAACCAUGAAUACGCCAACCAAAAAAUCUGUCAACUCAGCCAGCACAGCGGAUAACAUAUCUCUGUAAACACAACAUCAUGUAACAUACUUUCCUUCAUUGUCUUGAAUACAGGGCAGGCUAGAUGUAAAACCUAUAGAAGCGGCACACAGCGAACAUAGAAAUUGCAAUAAAUUGUAUCAUAAACUGCU